UAAACGCAGGGUCCUUCCAUAAAAGUCCGCCGCGAAGUCGUGCAGCAGCCACGCCUCGACCGUCUUGCGCUCGAGGUCGCCGAAGUGCCUGCGUCCGAGCGGCGCGUCGACGGCGUACGCCGCGCGAAGGGUCGAAAGCGACGGACGUGCAUGCGAGCGGCGCGUCGACGGCGUACGCGUGGCCCCAAACGCCAUCGCCCCGACGCGAGUGACGGGACACCGCCGGCGCACGGGUUCCAGCCCACGCUCACGGCCGCCUUGUAGACGCCACUAUCAGGGCCGUCCGCGACUUGGGCCCACGCCGCAUAAAUGCCCGUGUCGUGCGUGUCCACGAAGGUCCGAAUACGGGCCGCGGCCGGCGUUUUCGCGCCGUCGGUCCAGUCGAUUUCCAAGUUCGCCGUCGGAAAGCCGAGCUGCGCGCUGCCUCGUCCGAAGCCGUGGACGACGGCGCCCGUCAGCGCUUCGGGCGUCCCUAGCCGGCGGAGGGUCCGCGCGACCUGCUGGGCCAUCGGAUGGCUGGCUUGGCUGCCGGCUGCACGACGGCGUACGUAUCGCAGCGAUCCUGGCACUGGCGCACUGGAUCGAUGUCUCGUUCUGAGCGUGGUAACGAUCAGUAUCGGUUAGUUGGCAGCCUUUUUUUUUAGCCCAAAAACUUGCGCUGCGCUAGUGUGUUACAGGUCGCUAGCAACGCACUCCGGCGUUUUUGCGCAGGUGAGCAAAACAGGGUGCAACGCGGGACCGCGAGCGAUCAAUUUCUUAGUCAGCGACGCAGUAGCGCAACAGUGUAACCCAGCAGUGCAGCUAGCGUAGCACCAGAGAGCAGUGGUGCACACAGAGAGUGCAAAGAGUGCAACAGCACCAGAGAGCAGUGGUGCACAGCAACUAGCACGCACAGCAAAAGGACAAAAUGCGCAGCAAAGCUCUGCUGCUACUAACAACAGCAACGGCGAUUCGGCCGACGACGCGCCGCGCCGCGCUGGGCGCCAUCACCACCGUCCCGACGGCAGCCGUAGCCUACGACGCGGCAAACUACGACCGCUACGCGGGCUCCUACGACGACCUCGACGGCGGCCAGGCCGCCAAGGCGCUCGGCAUCGCCGCCGCGCGCCGGAACCUCGCGGCGCGGUGCGCGGGCCGCGUGCUCGAGGUCGGCGCGGGCACGGGCCUCCAAGCGCCCUUCUACGCCGCCAAUAGAGACAUCACGGAGGUGACCUUCGUCGACGCGUCGCGCGGCAUGCUCGACGGGCUCCGCGCCAAGCUAUCGAACGCGCCGCUUCCGUUCAAAACGGAGGUCGUCGAGGCCGACGCGGCGCGGCUCCCGCUGUCGACGGGCGCCUACGAUUGCGUCGUGGACACGUUCGGCCUCUGCGUCUACGACGCGCCCGUCGCGGUGCUCCGCGAGCUCGGCCGCGUCGUCAAGCCCGCGGGCCGCAUUUUGCUAUUGGAGAACGCGCGGCCGUCCAACGCGCUCCUCGGCGCGUACGUCGACGCGACGGCCGGCGCCGUGGCGAAGUACGGCGGCAAGGGCUGCCGCUACGACCAGGACGUCGAGGCGCUCGCGCGCGCGGCGGGGCUGAGGGUUGUGCGGUCCGAGAGGUUUGGCGGUGGUUUUUUCGGGAGCUUCGAGCUCGCGCCGGCGCCGCGCUGAGUAAUUCCCAUAAAAAACAGGAGAAGACGA